UAAUAAUAAGGGUCUAUGUAUUUGCAUACAAAAAAAAUCGAACUUGCAUGCAAAUCAAUAAAAUGUUACCAGACUACAGGCUAGUACUAAAAACUACAAUAAAAUUCUAUUCAAAUCAUUUAAAGAUCAUUUUACAUUUUAUUUAACUAAACUAAAUACUGUUUUUUAAUAUAUUUCUCGAUCUAGUAUAUCGUCUUCUGCAGUAUUUAUUAUCCUGUUGCUCCUACGUUACAUGAUUUAUUAUUUUAUUAAAUACUGUCCGCCCUUUUCUCGUUUCUACAGUAACAUAUGAGGUUCAGCAGUUGUGUACAUUAAUAUUGCUGAACAUUAUUACAUGAUGCUAUAAGUGUGAUAAAUGAAAGAUGUGCAUGAAGGUUUGACAAAAUGACAACGCCAUAUUAAAUAGAAUCGACAUUGUAUUAAGAACUAAGAGUUUAAUGUCAUUUUUUAUUAACGGAGGAGGAAAUUAAGAAUCAUUGUGGAAAUGUGUAAGAUCAAACCAAGGGGGGAAAAGGCUGUGUAAGAUGCUUUGUGUGUGUGUGUGUGUGUGUGUGUGUGUGUGUGUGUGUGUGUGUGUGUGUGUGUGUGUGUGUGUGUGUGUGUGUGUGUCAGAGACAGGGGGAGGGAGGGAGAGAGAGAGAGAGAGGGAGAGAGAGAGAGAGAGAGAGAGAGAGAGAGAGAGAGAGAGACUGAAUGUCACUUUCCAAAAACUGUAUAAUCUGCUAUUAUGGGAGAGAAGGUCGAAAAUUUCGACUUCAUUUCUUUUUUCCCCUCUCUCUCUCUCUCUCUCUCUCUCUCUCUCUCGCUCUCUCCAUAAUCAAGUUUUUUUAUUGGAUGAAGUGUGGUCAGCUGACCCAGUCAUCUCUGUCCAUCUUAGAAAGGAAGCUUUGAAAACACGUUGAGCUGCGCGCGUGCAGUCUUUUAUUGGUGUCCCGAAAUAAAUUAGACAUCAUACAGAAGUGGCAUUAAAAAACAGACAGAAAAAAAAGAAACAAAGACUGCAAAAAAGAACGAAAGAAAGAAAGCGUGGGUGAGGGAGGGAAAGAAGAAGGGAGGGAGUAAAAUAGAGAAAGAGAGAGAUCAGAGAAAGUAGGAGAGGGAGGGAAAGAGAAGAAGAGAGGUUUGGAGUGAGAGAGAGGGAGAGAGAGAGUGGACGGUAUGAAUUCCUAUUUCACCAACUCGUCCCUCUCGUGCCACUUAACCGGAGCUCACGAGGUUUUGCCUAACGUGGCCCUGUCCAACUCGAGCACCUACGACCCCGUGGUCCGCCAUUUCCCAUCGUCCUAUGGCGCCGCUAACCGGAUGUACCGCGCGCCGUUCUACCCGCCGCAGGAAGACGUGAUGUUCGGCGCGAGCCGCGCACCGUACGACUACGGCUCCAACGCGUUUUACUCGGACAAAGACGCGAUUUCCGGUUGCAGACAAAGCUUCGCGCAGGACUUCACAACUUCACCGUCAUUAGAGCAAUGCAGAAGCGCGUGCCAGGAUCCAAAAAGCAGCAGCAUACAGAUUUAUCCCUGGAUGCAAAGGAUGAACUCGCACAGUGGUGUUGGUUACGGCUCUGACAGGCGCAGGGGUCGUCAGAUUUAUUCUCGAUACCAAACACUGGAGCUGGAGAAAGAGUUUCACUACAACCGAUAUUUAACACGGAGAAGAAGAAUCGAGAUCGCCAACACGCUGUGUCUAACCGAGCGACAGAUUAAAAUAUGGUUUCAGAACCGCAGGAUGAAAUGGAAAAAAGAGAACAAUCUGACCUCCACUCAAAACGAACAGGAAACACGGAAAGAGGAUACAGAAGGAUCCACUAAUGACACUAAGGAGUAGAUUUUUUUGUUGCAUCAGGCACGUUGUAUAUACAUGAAACUACCUAAAAAAGUGCCAAAAUUAUGUAUGAUAUUUCAUGCAUAUGUAUAUUGAAAAAUAUGGUUAAGAAACUACCUAUCAAUCAAACUACCUGUUGAAUUUUGCCUCACAAACUGUUAUGCGCUAUAAUUGUGGCUUUUCCACUUAUAUCUCUAUACUCCACGUAUUCAUCAUAUAGAAAAGUGCGGUUAUAUAAAACUACCUGUUGACAUUACCUAAGGAAUUUUGUUACGGAUUAAAAUCUGAGCAGAAAACUGACAAAUUGUUAUAAUUCACUAUUAUGUAUUCAUUUGCAUAUAUGGAAAGUAUGUUUAUAUGAAACGACCUUGCCUUAGUUGUUAAACGCCAUGAGACAAAAAAAAAAAAAAAAAGGGAUUAUAAUUGUGUGCCUCGUCCAUGCAUACAAGCAAAUGUUUGGUUAUAUAAAACUACUGAACUGGUAUCAUUUUUAAAUAAACAUCAACAUGUAUCCUCAA